AUGGUGUCCUUCUGGAGUGUUCCAGUACUCUGGCUUGCUUCAACAGGUGCGGCACCAGGAGACUCAAAGAGCGUUGAACCCGAUACUUUCUACCCCCGUGAACCUGACUCUCCUUACUCUUACCCCAGCCCCACUGCCACAGGAAUUGGUGGAUGGGAUAUUGCUAUUGUGAAAGCAAAACGAGAAGGCUUCGGGGCAUUUGGCAACGACCCUUUCUUGAUUGGCUUUGCUGGCUAUGAGACUCUCAUUGGACAUCAGGCUGCUAGAGUGCAAGCCGUUCCCAAACAAUACCUCGGCUAUUAUGGCCAGCAGUUUAAUCGAACUUCCUACUCCAGCAACAUUGAUUAUAAGACUCUGCAUGAGCUUGAAGUGGGACUCUAUGCUGAAGCUGCACGGGCUGAUGCCUCCUGCGUGAUGAGCAUUUACCCUUAUGCCAACAACUCCCAGGCCUGUUAG